AUGGGAAGAACUUCCGUAGCCUCCCUCAAGCAGCGCAUGAACAAAGAGCAGUGCCCCGUCAUCGUAACGUGGAAUGUAGUGGAGUAUCGGAAGGCAGCACAGAAGCACGUGGAGCAGACAGACGUGGUGCUGGAAGUUGGAUGCUGCGGCGGAACGACUACAUCCAUCAUAGGAAAGCAGUGCGACUUCACCAUGGGCAUCGACCAGACGCAGGCAGAGAUCGACAUCGCACGCAAGAGGUUCGGUCAGCCGGGACACGUGGAGUUCGAGGUUAUGGAUGCGUUCGACAUGCCAGCAGUCCUUCGCAUGCAGGAGAAGGUGGGGAGGAAGUUUAACAAAGUCUUCAUAGACAUCAACGGAAGCAGAGACAUCGGCCCUGUCUGCGAUUGUCUGGACAAGUACCAGAAAGUCCUGCGACCCGAGUUGAUAGUUCUCAAGAGCAUCAAGCUGAAGAACUUGUUGUAUCAGUGCGUACCAUGGGAUGAGGAGCAUUCUGAACAGACAGAGGAGGCUGCAGAAGAAACGAAACCCAGCGAGGGGGCAGAUUGA